AUGUCGGAACCAACAGAAAUAGUAAUUUCUGGAAUUGCUGGAAGAUUUCCAGAAUGUGAUUCUACCGAAGAAUUCAAACAGAAAUUGUUUAAUAAUGCGGACCUGUUGACUGUCGAUAAUAGAAGAUGGUCUCCGGGUGAGUUAAUCGAGAAGAAUUUAAAUUGAUACCCUUUAAUAUUAAUUUAAAAUUGUAUUUGGACAUAAGAAAACUAGAAAUAAAAUACUACCUAUUUAUUUAAAAUUAAAAAUUUGAUAAUUUAUUUACAGUUCAAAUAAUUUAAUUCUUUUUAUAGAAUGAAAAUAUUAUGUAUAGGUACUUAGGUUUACUAUUUUACAAAAUCAACUAGUAACACAGAUUUUAUGGUCCUUAAAAUAUUACGAUAUUAAUUAAUCUUUUCUGGAUGUUUGAAAUGGACUAAUUCAACUAACAAUAUUAUUUUUUAGGAAUGUAUGGAGUUCCAGCAAAGACAGGAAAGUUAAAGGAAUUAUCCAAAUUUGAUGCAGAAUUCUUUGGAAUUAAUUCAAAAUUAUCAAAUGUCAUGGAUGUACAACUUCGAAUUUUACUUGAGGUUACUCAUGAAGCUAUUGUUGAUGCAGGUAUUUGAUAAAUUAUUAUUUUAUUUAAAAUUGUUGGAAAUGGCUUUCCAAAUUUCUUCCAAUUUUGUAAUUUUGGAAUUUAUUUUUACUUUUGACUAUCUUGUACUCCUUGAAAAUCUUUAAUAAUAAUAACUGAUGAGAGUUUUCCAUUGAUCUACUGCUCGAAUCUAAUUUUUGGAAAAGAGGUAAGGCCAUUUUUAUAAACGAACAGAUGUCCAAUAAUCGAAUAGAAAAAUAGACAUACUACGCAAUAUUGAAUUUUAAUUUUUAAAGGCUUAUGGAUUAACUGAAGAGUUUGUUGGUUAUUUAGAAAGUAGAUUUUUCGAUUUAAAAUUUUAUUGUGUCUAAAAUAAAUACUAAUGUAAUGUGAUUAUAUCACGAAGUUUUCAAAAAAAAAAUAUCUUAAUUUUUCAAAUCUUUUAAACUGAAAAUAUAAUAAUUGACUUCCUAUAUAACGUAGACAAUUUGUUAAUAAAUUCAUACAAACUUGAAUAAUUAAAAUCGGAUAUGGGUGUAUGUCUUAUUUAUCAUUGUUUAUUGGUCUAAAACUAAUGGAAAAUACUUAUGUUCAAACCCCCUUAACAUUAAAAAAAUAAAAGAACUGAUACUAAAGACGGGUGUGCCACUGUAAAGUGUUUUCCCGGGGGGGGCAAAAAAGAAAAUAUGGUAUGAAUUACAGAUAUAAUUUUAAAGUAUUUCGAGUAAAGUAUCACUUAGUGAAAAUUCUUCAUAUUUUAGGUGUAUAUAGAAUUUUUCCAAUCCAUAAUAAGUGUUAUCAGAGAAAAAAACACAUCUUAGUAAAACUAAUAGCAUUCUCGUUAAGUUCAGAAUCUAAAAAACCUUUUUCACUAAUAUUAUUAAACUUCUAUAGGCUUAAAUCCGACGGAAAUUCGUGGAACAAAAACAGGAGUAUACGUCGGUAUGAUGACCACCGAGUCAGCAGAUUUUCAUGAACGGACACCAGAAAAAUUGUCUGGAUAUGAAACUAUAGGUGCGAUCCGGUCUAUGCUAGCUAACCGACUUUCUUUCCAAUUCGAUUUUAAAGGUAUUUUUUUUUUUUAAUUUAAAUUUAAAUUUUCAAUUACCUAAUUAUCAGUAAUUUUAUAAUUAAAAAUAGGCCCAAGUGUUGCGAUUGAUACCGCAUGUUCUAGUGCACUAUUUUGUUUACACGACGCCAUCACAGCAAUAAAAGCAGGUCAAUGUGAUGCUGCUAUUGUAGCAGGAACUAAUUUACUCUUAAAACCAGCCAUGUCACUUAUAUAUCAUCGGUAUAAUAUGCUUAGUCCUACUGGAACAAGUAGACCUUUCGAUAUAAGUGGUUAGUAAAUAACAAUCUCACUGUAAUCAUAAUUAAAUUAAAAUAAUUAGAGUGAUGUUUAUUUAUUAAAUGUAGCUAAUGGUUAUGUAAGAAGUGAAGCUAUUGUAGCCAUUUACAUCAGAAAAUCAACGGAUUCCAAAAGAAUUUACGCUACUAUAUCCGGUACAUCUACUAAUACCGAUGGAUUCAAAAUUGAAGGAGCUACUUAUCCUUCCCAGUCUGUGCAAAGUCAAUUAAUUAGAGAUACAUACGCUUGUGCUAAUUUAAAACCAACUGAUGUUCACUACGUUGAAGCUCAUGGAACGGGAACAGGUGUAUGUAAAAUACAUAGGAAUAUUUUAAAUGAGUAUUUCUGAAAUUAUUAUCUUAAUAGGUGGGUGACAAACAAGAGUUAAGUGCCAUUUCAGAUGUAUUCUGUGUUGGUCGUAAAAGUCCUCUGCUUGUUGGUUCGGUUAAAUCAAAUGUGGGACAUUCAGAACCAGUAUCUGGUUUAGUAUCAAUAGCCAAAGUGAUUUAUGCAUUGGAAACAGGAGUUAUUCCUGCUACUAUUAAUUUUGAAACACUAAAUCACAAUAUUCCUUCACUUGUGAGCGGCGAUUUACAGGCAAGUUUAAAAACAUGAAAAUGUAAUGAUUUCAUAGUAACUUUACUAAUUAUGUGUUCUUUAAAAUCUAUCUGCAGGUUGUUGAUAAAAAUAUACCUUUGCCAGGAGAUUUAAUUUCUAUUAAUUCAUUUGGUGUUGGAGGUACAAAUGUCCAUGUUAUUCUUAAAGCUCAUGAUAAAACAAUACAGAGUAAAUCAUUGCCAAAACUAAAUAUUCCUAGGCUAGUGUUUUUGUCAGGAAGGACAAAGGAAGCAUUGAAUGAUCAAUUUGAAAUAGUUAGUUUUAUAAAUUGUACAAUAUUUUAGUGUUUUUUGUAUCGUGAUUGUCCCUUAAUAUAACUUUGAAAUGGUCAAACGGGAAAUGAAUAAUUGACUAACAUCCAAAUUAGCCAUUAUUACAGUUGUCACCAAAAAACUUGGUACAGAGGCUUCAUGAUUUCUGAAAUCAUGAACAUACUGUCACUCCAGCUAAGAAAAAAAAUUAUUCAAAUUGUAUUUUAUCACGUAGGUUCUAAAAGUUUCACUAUCGAUAUAAUAGUGUAAUUAUUUUCUACAUUAUGUUCAUACAAUUAUUAAAACAUUCUAUUUUUAAAUGUAGACAAUCAUAAAAGAAAACAGUAAUACAUGUUUAUCUAAUUUAUUACUAAUAUAAUUAAUACAAUAGCAAAUGUUAUCUAUACAAAUUUCAUUUUCCUAAUAGAUAGAAAAUUAUGCAGAUAACAACGAUUUAUUAACAUUGAUUGAUGAUAUAUACAAAUCACCAAUCCCUGGUUAUAAACUUUCUGGAUAUUCAAUUCUUGGGGAAACUCCUCGAAAUAUUGAAAUAGCCGUGAGUUUUAUACUUAUUUAAAUCAUAAUAUUUUUACUUAUAGAUAAAAUAUUAAUAAAUAUAUAUGAAAUUAAUAUUCCAGCGAGGUUAUAUUUCUGGAGAUAAAAGGCCAAUAUACUUCAUUUUUCCUGGCAUGGGAAGUCAGUCAUUAGAUUUAGUCAAAGAUUUAAUGAAGUUAGAUGUAUUUAAAGCAGUUGUAGAUAAAUCACAUGCAAUUUUAAUCCCACACGGCUAUAGUGUUUAUGAUUUAUUCUACAAAUCUGAUGAAAAAACAUUUAAGAGUAUACUCAAUGUUACAAUUACAAUUAUUAUCGUCCAGGUACAUAACAAAAUAAAUAUUGUUAAAAUAGAAUUAUUAUUUUUAUAUUUUGAUCAUUUUUAGAUUGGACUCGUUGAUGUUUUGCGUUCACUUGGAAUUGAACCUGAUGGAAUAAUUGGUCACUCAGUCGGAGAAAUUGCCUGUGCAUAUACAGAUGGGUGCUUCACAUUAGAAGAAACAUUAUUGACAAUGUACUGGAGAUCUCGAGUUUUAAUGGAAAUAGAAGUAAUAUCUGGAGCUAUGGUUGCCGUUGGGUUAUCUUGGGAAGAAACUCAAAAAAGACUUCCUGAAAAUAUAAUAGCAGCUUGUCAUAAUAGCGCUGACAGUGUUACUAUUUCCGGACCUAAAGAUAUAACUUUAAAAUUUGCUGAAACUCUACAGCAAGAAGGUAUAUUUGCUAAACCUGUAGAUUCGUUGGGAUAUGCUUUCCAUACACCUUAUCUGCAUAAACUCAUACGAGUAUUGAAACCAUACUACGAAAAGGUAAUUUAAAAUAAACAACUACAUAUACCUAUCUAGUUUAUAUGAUAAUAUUAAUAAACAAAUACUAUUACAUUAGUAAAGUUAUUUAUAUACAAAAUAAAAUCACAGAAUAAAUAAAUACUUAAAUGAUAUUAAACGAAGAUUUAUUAAUUUUUACAACGUUAAUGCUAAUAGAUUUCAUAUUAAAAUUAUUUUUUUAUUUUUCUAUAAUACUUACCAACACAAAAGUUGUAGCAAUUAGUAAGUUCUCAUAGAACAUUUUUCUUCGUAACACCUUUAUUAUAUGAUAAUAUUUUUUUUAAAUAGAUAAUGAAAAAUCCUAAACUAAGAACUAGUCGGUGGAAGAGUACAUCAUUAACCGGAGAACAAUGGAAUACCCCAGAUGCUCAGUACUCAUCUGUGAAUUACCAUUUAAAUAAUAUCAGUUCUCCAGUUUACUUCCAUAGCGCUAUGAAGCAUAUACCAGAAAAUGCUAUAACAAUUGAAAUUGCCCCGCAUUCUUUAUUGCAAGCAAUUCUGAAACGAUCAUUUCCUUCUACAGUUACAAAUGUUGGUUUGACAAAAAAAACUGUUUCAAAUCACUUAAAUUACUUAUUGGAAGCAAUUGGAAAGUAAGGGUUUAAAUGUUUCUUUUACAGUUAAAUAAACAGUUUUUAAUAUUUUUUACCAAGCAGUCUGAAUGAAUGAAUGAUAUUUGUUUAAGGUUAUAUAUUGCUGGAGCAGAGCCACAGUUGAAAAAUCUAUAUGGCAAAGUUGAAUACCCAGUAGUAAAAGGGACACCAAUGAUAUCUCCAAUGUUAAAGUGGGAUCAUUCAAGUGAUUAUUUAGUGGCUAAUUUCGCAGAACAAGUAUGUUAGAUUAUUUAAAAUAACUUUUCAAGUAAACGAAAUAUUUGGGUAGUACAUUUUCGUAGAUUUUUCCUCAAAAAUAAAAACUUUUGAGCCGUAUGGUGUUUUGUAUAAUAUACAGAAUAAUCACUGGCCAAUAAAUUUAUCGUAAGACACUCAUUAUCUCAGAAAGUAAUAACAUUUUAGGAAUUUGUUUUAUAGAACAUUUAUAAUACAAGCAGCUCUACAAUUUUAUAUUUAUGGUAUUUUUUUCAACACUUCUUUUUGAGGGUAAAUUAUUAAUUACUUUAAAUUUUCAACCGGUAAUCUAUAUUAAAAAUUCCAUAAAUAAAUGGAGUACUAGUUAAAAUAAAUUUUGGUGUUAAAAUGUUAGAUUUUCGUCAAUCCGUUGACAAGAUAUUCCACUAUUAAGUUUUGGUGGGGGGAGAGUAGUGGCAUUUAUGUGGCAACAAGGCAUACGUUAAUAGUUUUAAUAGCUAUUUUAAUAGUAGAAAAUAAUAAUAUUUUGAUGAAACUUUUUUUUUUUGAUUCUUCAUCACCAGAAGGUUAUAUAAAAAUUUGUAUUUUUAUUUGAGGGAAGGAGUAGUGGUGCGUGAAAUAGGGGUAAACGUGGUCGGUAAAUACAAAUUUUAAAUAAAUACAAAAGAUUAUAUUAUUAACAACUACGAGUAACUCUGGUAAUCAUAACCAUUUUAGAUCAAUUAUAAAAAAAAAUUGAAUAAUGUAACAGCAAAAAGUCGACUGGGAAAAAAUUCGAAUCUAUUGAAGGAACUCUGUGAGCGGUUGUUCACGGAUGUUUUUUUGUAUUUAAUAAUUAAUUUUUGAGAGCAUUUAAAUUAAUCGAGUUUUUUUUUUUUAGAGUUCUGGUUCAGAUGGAAAUGAAGUGGAAAUUGAUAUAAAAACUGAUCAAGAUAAAUAUUUAAUUGGACACCAAAUUGACGGGCGUAUAUUAUAUCCAGCUGCAGGAUACAUAGUAAUUAUAUAAAGUUCAUUAAACGUUUUACCUAUUUUUAUAAUUUAAUUAUGCACAAAAGAGGCAGAUUUUUAUAAAUGUGUCAUUAAAGAGUGUACCUAUCACUCGUUUGGUCAGUAAUUUGUAAAAAAUAUGUAAUGACUAUUGUUUGGACGCAGGCCACUACAAUGGAAGUGGUUAGCCGUGGCGACUCUGAUCGUGAGGAAAGGAUAAAAAAGAAAAAAAAUUGAACACCGAAUGUAAUUGGUAUACAGUAUAGAUAGUAAAUAUGUAUUGUACAAGUGUACAAAUUGUACGUAUUCAAAUCAAUAUAGUGCGCGCUUCAUAAAGAAAAGACAAAAAAAAAUAUAAUAAUAAUAAAAAAUAACAAUCAGUGGUUGGUAUGUUAUCAAUCGACAACGAAUAAAUAUAUAUAUGUAUACAAAAGAACUUUUGGUUGAUACGACGCGACGUGCGGCAGCUGAUGACGUCACGGGUGGCGUCGGCGACGUUGUUACUACGGCCGCAAAGGCGAUCGGGGAAGAAAAUGGACCGGUGGAGAACGAUAACGAUACUUAUGUAGACAUGAGUUGACAUCGUUGGGUCAACUCGCGACUUUUUCACUCCCUCUAUUUUGGUUCUCCAGCAGGCUAGUGAUGGGCCUGAUCGUACCAUAAGCAGUCAGAAAGCAAUUGUUUUACCUGAUGUACCCAGUUGUAAAUACAAAUUUUAAAAAAUGUAUAAUGGCAAGUUAGCCAAGACAGAAAGUUUUACGAGCCCGGCCAGGUGUAUAUUUUUUCAAUUUUCAAUUUAUGACUGAACACGCGCUUCACCCGUGACAUCUAUUUUGCUAGCAACACCACGACGCAUAACUCAAGCUGAGGCAUUUUGGUGGAUUUCAUUGAAGCCAUCUUGGUUUUAGUGUCCAACAGAGACACGAUUACGUCGCCUUCUGGCGUUGAAAACCAAGUGUAAACCGUCGCCGCAUACGUAGGAAAAACUGGAAUAUUUACGAAAUGUAUUAUUUUUAAAUCGUUAAUAUUACGGCCUUUCAAGACAUGUAAAACUGAACUCCACUCAGAAUCGUUUUUCGUUAGUAAUAAUUUGUUAUACAGUACGUAUACGUUAUACAGUUAUACGUACAGAUAUACAUUAAAUUUCCCUUCUACCUUCCCAACUUCUCAUCUACAACAGUGGCUUACCCGUGCGAAAUAUCUUUGUUUUCUUAAAUUUUUAAAAUUGUAUGCAAUAUAUUCUAAACAUUUUUUUUAUCUUUUCAUUAUCAUAUAGUCAUAUAAUUUAUCAAUUACUUAAGAAUGUAACAAUUUACUUAACAAAAGUAAAUCAUUCAAAUAUAUUUAUAAUUAUAGACAUUAAUAUGGAAAGCUUUUGCAAAACUUCAAGGAAAAUGGUUUGAAGAUAUUCCAGUAAUUUUCCAGAAUCUUAAGUUUCUUAAGCCUACUGUUCUGAAUACUGAAAGUAUAUAACGAGUAAUCAUAAUAUAAUACAUUUUCAAUUUAACUAUUUUUUUAUUUUUUUUUUAGGCUCUGUAAAGUUUAAUAUUAAUAUUCUUAAUGGAUCUAGUGAGUUUGAACUUUUAGAAGGAAACUCCUUAACAGUCUCCGGUAGUAUCAAUUUGUAUAAUGAAAAUAUUAGAGAAUAUCAAAAUGAGCAUCUGACAAUAAUAUCAGAAAAAAUGGAUUUAAAUCCAGAUGAUUUUUACAAAGAAUUGAGACUGCGUGGAUAUCAACACAAAGAUGAUUUCUUAGGUUUUGUUGAAGCAAAUUGUGAAGGUCAGUUUUAAAAAUUUACCUUUUCAUUAUUAUACAUACAUCUUUAUUUACUCAGUUUUACUUCUCAGGUUCUAAAGGUAAAGUUGCAUGGACUGGAAAUUGGGUGUCCUAUAUUGAUAAUCUUUUGCAAUUUGAACUUAUAUCCAUAAAGUCAAGAGAACUGCGUUUACCAACGUACAUUAAAGAAAUUAUAAUUGAUCCUGUAUAUCACAAACAAGUUAUUGAAGCGUCUUUAAACUUAAAAGGUAUCUAAUGUAAUUUAAUAUAUUAAUUUAAUAUUUAUUAAUGCCAAUUUAUUUCAGAAGUUGAAGUCAACCAUUAUAAUUUCGCUAAAACAACACAGUCUGGUGGAAUCAUUAUUUCAAAAUUGAAAGUUACACCAGCACCAUUAAGAAAGAACGUGCAAAUACCAGCAAAAUUAGAACGACACUCAUUUAUUCCUAAUAUUUAUACAGUAAAUAUAAACAUAAUUAUACAAUCAUGUACGUGUAGUACCUAAUUUAAUUUAAUUUAUUAUAUUAAUUAGACUAAUGAACUAACAAUGUAUGAAGUUUUAUACGCUUUGGUUGGUUUAUUCAUGGAAAACAUUGGAGACCGUCUAAUAAAAGUUGCAGAGCUUUACAACAACAAUUUAUAUGCUUUUGAAAUUGUUCAAAUAAUUGAAGCAGAAGCCAACUUCUAUGUAAUUUGUUUUAUAUUGAUAUAUUGAGUUGAAAAAAAGCAUAGUAUUUCAUGUAAUAUUCGUACUCAGUGCCUAUAUUUAAUAAAAAUAUGGUACUUUUUUUCUCAUACUUAUUCAAGAAUUUAUGUUUUUAGAAUAUAACUGGACAAAUUUGUUUAGUAAAAACGACUACCACUAUGAAAACAGGUGCAAAAUGUUUAAUAUGAAAUGAUAUAUAACACCAUUUUAGCACUUAUAAUCACUCUUGGUAAGGUUGAUGGUGAUUGGUAAUAAUAAAUUUACAACAAAUUAUGUGACACAUCAUUUUAGGGUAAAAUUUUGUGACCAAUCAUUUACCUAAUCAUACCUGCAUUGCGAUUUUAAAUUAAGGAAAAUUAAGAACUAUAUUAAAUUACAUGAAAUUAAUAUACAUUAUACCUUAUUUGGUAUUAAUUGUGCAUUCUUGUAAAUCUACUUACAUACCAUAGACAUUAUUAUGACCUUACUAAAGGACUAGCAUAUUAAAUAAAUUCAAACUAAACAACCUAUCUAAAUUAAAUAUUUAUUGAUAAUAUUUUAGAAUAAAUUUUAAAAAAUAUCACGAUUAAUUCUUUUGCAAUGUUGUACUAUUUUUCUUAAUAGAUUGCCUAAAUCUUUCAAGUAUAGUUUGAAUAUCCAUAGUGGUUUGUUAAAUUAUAAUUUAAAGUUCGUCUUUGUUGUGUUCGAGACUGCAUAGGCUAACCUUCACAUUUUGCACAUAGAAAAUAAUCCAAUGAGGUGAUAUCAGGAGUACCUAUCGAGGAAGUCAUAUUAUCAAACAUUUGUACUCAAAAUAUACCCUAAAAUGAAGUGUUACUCGAUUUUUCGUAAAUUUGUUAUUACUAAUUACCACCAAAUUAUCACAAAAGGUGAUUAAAAAUUCUAAAAUUAUGUCACAUAUUAUUUCAUAUUAAAAUAGUGUACCUACCCGUUUUCAUGAUGAUAGUCAUUUUUUUUAUCAUAAAAACUUGUACAAUUAUAACCUAAAAACGUCAUUUUUUGAGUAUGAAAAAAAAUGUACCGUCUUUAAACUAUGUAUGUACAGAGUAUGAAUAUUAUAUAAAAGACCAUCCAUUUUUUCCACCCAGUAUAUAGGAUAAUUAAAAUAUUCUUCACAUAAUUAAUUAUAAUUGUACGAUUAUUUAGGUGGACUAUUCUGUUUUAUCGAAUAAGCCUAUUAAUGUCGAAGAAAGCAAAAUAACAGAUUUAGAUAUUGGAAUAGUAAACUUUGAUAUUAAAAAUGAAUCAUUACCCAAAGAAAAUCAUUUAGUAAUUUCUGAAGAUUCUCAAUUUGAUAUUACUUUGUUGAGUAAGAUUUCUGCAUCUUUAGCUCCAAGAGGAUUUAUACUUUUAAUAGAAAAUAUUUCUGCUGUACCUUCGUCAGUUUUAAAAUCAUUGAGUCUUCAAGUAGUAAAUGUUAUUGAAAAUAAUAACAAGAAGUACUUCCUACUUAAAAAAGUAAUACAUGAAAUAACUAUUGUAUUUUUAUUUUAUUGAUUGUUUUCAAUCUGUUUAGUUAUCACCUAAAUAUGAGUACACAACUUUAAAGAUUGAGGAUGAACAGUUUUCAUGGGUAGAAUCUUUGAAAACUGAACUAGCUAACAUUAAAGGAAAUCCAAACAAAAAAGUUAUAGUGUAUAGUGAUCAAAAUGUCAAUGGUGUUCUAGGACUAUCAAAAUGUUUAGUUGAAGAAUUUACUGGUGAAGAAAACCCUAUUAGGUAAUUUAUUAUUAAAAUUACAAAGUUAAUUAUUAGUCAUAUAAUAUAUAUUUGUUUUUUAUUAAGAUGCAUAUUGGCUGAAUCUGGUAGCAAAUGUACUUUAAAAGAUUUUGCACCACUACUGGAAAUGGAUUUGUUUUUCAACGUAGAAAGAAAUGGAGCUUGGGGAUCAUACAGACAUUUACCCAUUGAUAUCAAAACUAAUUCGAAUGUUCAAACAGCUAAUGCAAAAGUGUCUGUACAGACCAAGGGCGACCUAACAACAUUACAAUGGAUUCAAUCAACCAAGUAAAUUAAUUUAUAUUCUUUAUUAAACAAACUAUUAUAAUUUAUUUUACUUAUGAUCAUUUUAAAGUGUGAUAUUUAUUUAAACUUUUGCAGAUAUUCAAACUCUUCUGACAAUGAUUUGAUUAAAAUAUCAUAUGUAGGUGUUAAUAAUGUAGACUUAGCUGCAAUUUCUUCAAUGGUAACUGAAAUAAUUUAAAAUAUAUUUUACAAGAUUUAAUAUAAUUACUAAAAAUAUAUUAAUGUAUAUGGAUUUUAUAUUUUAGAAAACUGAAUUUGGUGUUGAAUUUUCUGGUAUUAAAUCAAAUGGUCAAAGAGUAAUGGGAUUAGUUAAAAAUGGUGCAUUAUCUACGACUGUUAAUCAAAGUAAUACUCUUUCGUGGAAUGUACCCCAAGGGUGGACUUUAAAACAAGCUGCCACCGUUCCAUAUUCAUUUUUUAUGGUAAAAUAAUAAAGACAGUAGAUCGUAGAAUAAUAAUAUAGGAAUAUUACUACAAUUGAUUAUCUAUAAUUUAGGCUACCUACGCUUUAAUAUUUAAAGGAAAAUUAUCGGAAUCCAAAAAUGUAUUAGUAUUCACAAGUAGUAAUAGUGCUAGUUACGCAACUAUUUCUAUUGCUCUAUCCUUCAAGUGCAAAGUGUUUGUUAUAACUGAAACCAAAGAACAACUUGAAUUCAUAAAAACAAAUUAUCCUGGAGUAAGUAAAUUAAAUAUUAUUUAGAACAAUUUAAUUAUUACCAAGUUAUUUUUAAAUUGAAUAAAGGUAAGUCAAGUUUCAACUACACGAUUUGAUUCGAAAUUUGUAAAUAUAGUAUCAAAACUAACGCGAAGUCACGGAAUUGAUUAUGCUGUUUUAUUUAAAAAUAUUCCAAAGGAUUUAUCAGAAAUACUUGCAGAUGAAGCUAAAAUUGUUGUAACUGAAAAUACAGACAGUUCAUUUUUAACAAGUAAAAUUUGUUAAACAUUCUUUUUUUUCCAUUGGUUUAAUAUUAAUUUAUAUUUUAAGAAAUAAGAAACCUUAUGCUACAAUAUUUAUUUUUAGGUUCAUCAAUAGCAUUUGAAGUUAUAUCAGCUAAAUUUGACAAUAUACCUAUCUUAAAUACUGAAUUUGUGAACAGUGUUUAUUCAUUUGUGGAAUCAAACCUGACACUUGGACUCAUAAAACCCCUAUCUUUUUCUGUGUUUCCAUAUCUUGAAAUUGAAUUAGCAUUCAGGUACCUAAUUAAAAAUAUAUUAAUAUUUUACUACUGGCAAUGCCAACCAGUAAUUUUAUUUAUGCAAUUUUAAGUGUUAUAGGAAUUGUGAUUUUGUUUUUUAUAGAUCAUAUUCUAAUAAUAAAACUGGUAAAAAGAUUAUUGUUGAAGUAGCUGGAGAAUUUUCAAAAAUUGAUUUUGAAGUUUAUAGACGACUUUACUUUGACCCAAGUAAAAGUUACAUACUUGCAGGUGAGUUUUUGUUAAGUUUUUGUUUUAUUGUAGUUUCAAUUGUAAAUUAUUUCAGGUGGUCUUGGUGGAUUUGGAAUGGAGCUUACUGAAUGGAUGGUAGAACGUGGAUCAAAAAAUAUUAUUCUUUGUUCUCGAAGUGGAUUACAAACUGGAUACCAAAAAUAUAGAGUACAAAUUUGGAAAAGUCAAGGAAUUAAUGUGGAAAUCAGCACAUAUGACCUCACUACAUUGGAAGGAGCUAAGGAUACUAUAAAAUUAGCUCUGAGUCUAGGAUCACUUGGUGGAAUUUUCAAUAUGGCCGGGGUGUGAUACAUUUCAUUAUUUUAUUUAACAUAAUAGUUUUUAUAUUUUUAACAAUUUAAUAAUUUAGGUUUUAAGAGAUGGCAUAUUUGAAAACCAAACUAUAGAUAACUUCCAAACUGUAUAUAAUAGUAAAGUUUUGACAACUAAAUAUUUAGAUGAAGCAUCUAGAAGUGUAAGCACAGAUUUAGAAUAUUUUGUUACUUUUUCUUCCAUUUCAUGUGGUAGAGGUAACAGAGGUCAAACUAAUUAUGGUUAUGCAAAUUCUAUAAUGGAAAGGAUUUCAGAACAAAGACAAAAACAAAGUUUACCGGCUGUAAGAAUACAUUUGUUUUUAUAAAAUUCCUUGCUUAUUGAUUCUAUCUAAUGUAAAAAUAAUGUGUUUACUCAACAGCAAUCAAUUCAAUGGGGAGGAAUUGGCGAUGUCGGAAUGGCAUAUUUAUUAACCCGUGGAAAUGAAGAAAAAGAAAUUAAUGGCACAUUAGCCCAAAAAAUAUCAUCAUGUUUAGCUGCAUUAGAUAUACUUUUAACACAGAGUUCAGCCAUAGUUGCUUCACAUGUAAUACCAAAUAAAAGAAAACAAACAGAUGAUACAAAAUCGCAAUCACUUACAGAGAUCGUUGCUGGAAUUAUGGGUAAAAUUACAUAAUAUUAAAUUAUAAAACAUAAAAUAAACUAGGGAUAUUUUAUUUGUUGUCGAGCUGCAUAGUCACAGAUAAAAAGCUAAUUAAAAAAAUUAAAAAACUAUUUUUUUUUAAAAAUUAGUGAUUCUAAUUUUUACUUUGAAGUUGAACCCACAACAAAAUCCUAUAAAAAACAAAUUGUGGCCUUCAAGUAUUAAUUUGAAACGAUUUCACAUAACCCAGGGAAACAAAGAAUUACAUUAUUAUUAUUAUUAUUAUUAUACGUAUCUAUAAUAUCUCAAUGUUAUAUAACUCGUCUAACAAAGAUAAACCGACUGUAGUUUAUUACAAAGUUCCAAUGUCCAAUAUUUUGAAUAGGUAUUUUAACCUAAACUAUAAAGUUAGAAUAGAACAUUAUCUGUGAAUGUAGACAUUUAUAAAACUAAUGGUUAAGGCAAAUACAUUUUGCGUUCUUCUAGUAAAAUGUUAAACUUUUAGACAGGCAUUUCAUUCAAUAAGUAAUAUUAUUAUAUUAUUAAGUAAGUAUUUAAGUAUUUACAGAAAACCAUUUUCAUUUCGAUUUCAAGAUAAAAAACGACAAUUAUAUUGUAUAGGUAUCUAUUUAUCAUAUAGGAAACUAAAUCAUAUAUUUCAUUUUUCAUAAAUUUUGUUUUAAAACUUUGUUAUAAUUAAUUAAUUUAAUACGAAUAUCUAUGCAUUUCAGGAAUUCAAGAUCCGUCUUCAGUUAAGCCUACGUCUACAUUAGCUGAUUUAGGAUUGGAUUCUUUGAUGGGCGUGGAUAUCAAACAGAUAAUCGAGCGUAGCUUCGGGCUUUCUUUAAGUAACACUCAAAUUCAGCAGCUGAAAUUUAGUGAAUUAGAGAAUUUUGGUGCUAAAUGA